UUCUACCUGACGUCGACCGACUGCUCGCUGUACAACACACCGGUUGCGUGCGAGACAGUGGUGAAUGCAGAGUGCGCGUGGAACGCCACGACGGGUGCGUGUGGGUGGAGAGAGGGCACCUGUGAGGGUAUGUACGUGGACAGGAACGAAUGCCUCGGAGAUGACAGGUGCAACUGGGUGUACGACAAUGAGAAGUGCAUGAAUCCGAUUGGCUACAGCGCUGUCUACAACGGCAUUUUCGCUGGCGCAAUGAUUGUUGGCGCAUUGUUUGGAGCUGUCUCCGCAGGGCAUUUUAUUGCAAAGUUUGGCCACAAGGUGUCGUUCCUGGUCAGUGGCAUAGUUAGCGUUGUGUCGUCUGUGAUGUACCAUGUGGCCUCGGCUACAGAUCAAUUCUGGGUGCUGUGCACUGGCCGU